AUGCCGCCCCGGCCAAACAAAGCUCUCGUUAGAACCAUCGUCACUACACGCCGCUGCCUCAACAAGCACGAUGAUCAAACACUUUUGGCCGACGCUCUAGGCCUUCUUUCACCCAAGAAGAGCGUAAAAAAUACAGCAAACUAUAAACCGCUGCUUUUCCGACACCUCCAGAAAGGAGACGUCACGGAGAAUUACGCAGAAAUUCGGCGGGAACUUCUUCCUGAAGUGACCAUUCUGAAAUUCGCCGACCACACAAAGCAGGUGAACAACUUGCUCUCUGACCUUGAGGCGGCUGCGGGUAGGAUUUCUACAAAAUCGUUGGAGACGCUGGAGAAGUCGUUACUCAGACACGUGCUGACUUUAACAAGCGAAGAUGAGCUCAUCGAGCUCGUGUGUUUGUCUCUUCAACAGAAUAAGCUCACAUUACCUCUUCUCACCAAGUUCAUCCUUAAUAGGCACUUGACCCAGCUUGAAAGGCUACCGUUUAACGUUGACAACUUGGAUAAGAGCAUGUUCAUGCGUAAUGACUGGUCCCAACAAAACUUUCAUGAAUUCAAUGUGCUUCUUAUGAAGAAAUACCAUGAUUUGAACAGACCCUUGUUGAUCAUCAAAAUCUUGAAGAACAAUUUCGAAGCAGAGUUCCUACCGCUCAUAUAUAUAAGGAAGCUCCUGCCGUUUUAUGAGAGAAUUAUCUGGAAGUUUUACUUCGAGUACAUCAAGCAGCUUCAUCUGGACAGAAACGAACAAUACUAUAUCAAGUCGCUCAACGAUAUUCGGUCUACUUUCAUCAUGUGGGAGUCAUCCUUGGAGAACAACAAAGCUAUUUUCGAUACUGCUUUGAAGGUUCACAAACUCAGCCCAUUGCAGAAAGUGUUCAUCGAGUUGUGCGUUUGUGAGCCGGUUCAGAGGGUGAUAACUCAAGAGCUCGAAUCAGGACGCUCACGCUUGCUCUCUGAGCUCAAGAAGAUAUCUCUCAAGUUCAAGGUAUCUUCAGUCGGUACACUUUCUGACGCAGAUAGCGUUGCUACUAGAGCUCAUGGCUAUUCCACGGCCCAUGCGAUCGAGAGUUUCAUCAAAAGGGAGUUUCCAAACUGGGCCCAGAACCGUAAUCUCACAGGAUUUCUUGAUGCUCUUGCAGUUGGACGGGCGCAGAUGGCGCACGCCACCGAGGAGUUUGGGGAAAGUUUAGUGAUGGCAUGA